UUCAACGUUACUUAGUAAAUGCAAUCCGUUGACAGCCGCACGCGGCCAAACGCGAGGUAAAGAGUUAUAAAAAAAAAGUGACUCAAGUUCAGUUUGUUGCUAAUAAAUGUUUGGAAUUGAAGAGCGAAGAAUCUAAAAAGCCAUGGCUGCUGAAGAGGGUGUCGGCAUCGGGGAUUUUGUUCUUCUCGACGAAAUCACCCUCGAGAAAGUUGUUGAAAAUUUACGAGUCAGAUUCAAUGGUGGCAAAAUUUAUACAUACAUUGGAGAGGUUUGUGUAAGCGUUAAUCCUUACAGGAGUUCAAAUAUCUACAAUGCAGACUACGUUAACAAAUAUAAAGGAAGAGAACUUUUCGAGAAUCCGCCUCAUAUUUUUGCGAUCGCGGAUGCUGUACACAGAGAGAUGAAACAACAGGGUCGCGAUACAUGUAUUGUAAUUAGCGGGGAAUCAGGUUCUGGUAAAACUGAAGCCAGUAAGAUUAUUAUGAAAUAUAUUGCUGCCGUUACUAAUGUCUGUGGCCAGCAGGAAAUAGAAAGAGUGAAAAAUAUUCUCAUUCAAUCGAAUUCGAUUCUUGAGGCGUUUGGCAAUGCAAAAACCAACAGAAAUGACAAUUCCUCUCGAUUUGGCAAAUACAUGGAUAUUAAUUUCGAUUUUAAAGGCGAUCCUGUUGGUGGUGAUGUAACAAAUUAUCUUCUCGAAAAAUCUCGAGUUGUUUAUCAGCAAAAGGGAGAGCGUAAUUUUCAUUGCUUUUAUCAGUUGCUCAAUGGAUGCAAUGAAAGUGAACUGAAAUCGUUACAACUACAACGAAAUCCAAGUGCCUAUAAUUAUUUAAGUUGUGACGUGAACAAUAAUAAUGUUAAAGCAACAACGGUGGAUAAAUCGGACUAUAAAACUGUCACAAAUGCCAUGGCAACCUUGGGAUUUUCUCCAAGUGAAGUGCAAACAAUUUGGUCUGUAGUUGGUGGUGUUUUGAAUUUGGGCAACAUAAAAUUUAAUCUUAAUGACGAUGUGGUUGUAAUUGUCAAUAAAAAUGCACUUAAUAGUGUCGCUCAGUUGCUAUCAAUUAAUUCGAAUGAGCUUAACACUGCCUUAUCACAUAGAGUUAUUGCCGCUGGCGGGGAAGUUAUGCAAAAGACACAUACAUUAAAUGAAGCAGAAUAUGGCAGAGAUGCUUUAGCAAAGGCUAUUUACGAGAGAUUAUUUACGUGGAUCGUACAAAGGAUUAACGAAACAAUUAACGUUAAUUCAACUGAUGGUGUUUAUAAAAGGUACAGAACCGUCAUUGGUGUACUGGAUAUUUAUGGAUUUGAAAUUUUCGACAUCAAUAGUUUCGAACAAUUUUGCAUCAAUUAUUGUAACGAAAAACUUCAACAACUUUUUAUUGAAUUGGUCUUGAAACAGGAACAGGAAGAAUACAGAAAAGAAGGAAUCGCCUGGCAGAAUAUUGAUUAUUUCAAUAAUCAGGUGAUUUGUGACCUCGUGGAACAAUCCCACAAAGGAAUUAUAGCAAUUAUUGACGAAGCUUGCUUAAAUGUUGGCAAAGUGACAGAUGAGUUGCUUCUUGAGGCAAUGGACAAAAAGCUUGUUAAUCACAAUCAUUACAUGUCACGACAAUUGAAACCGCUUGAUAAGGAAUUGAAACACAAAGUUCAAUUUAGAAUAAAACACUAUGCAGGAGAUGUUGUUUACAGUAUCGAUGGAUUUUUGGACAAAAAUAAAGACACACUAUUUCAGGAUUUUAAACGUUUAUUGUUUAAAAGCAAAAAUUCUAAUAUCAGCAGUAUGUGGCCUGAAGGUGCCCAGGACAUUACAAAGACGACAAAAAGGCCGUUGACUGCUGGAACGCUCUUUAAAAAUUCAAUGAUCGCAUUGAUUAAGAAUUUAACGAGUAAAGAGCCAUAUUACGUGAGAUGUAUUAAACCAAACGAGGUGAAGUCUCCCGUUGUUUUCGAUGAAGAAAGAGUGAGCCAUCAAGUGCGAUAUUUAGGUCUCGUUGAGAAUAUUCUAGUCAGACGAGCUGGUUUCGUCUACAGACAAUCUUAUGAUAAAUUUUUGAAAAGGUACAAAAUGAUUUCUCAAUACACGUGGCCAAACUUUCGUGGAGGAACCGACAAAGAUGGUGUUCACACUCUCAUGGAAGAGAAAGGAUUUCAAAAUGACGUUCAAUAUGGAAAAACAAAAAUUUUUAUCCGAUCCCCAAAAACUUUGUUUGCUCUUGAAAAGGCUCGCAGUGAUUUAAUUCCGGGAAUUGUUAUUUUAUUGCAAAAACAAUGGCGAGGUUAUUUGGGUCGAAAACGUUAUAAGAAAAUGAAGGCUGCAUUAACAAUUAUGAAAUAUUAUCGAAAUUAUAAACUUUAUAUUUAUAUUAGCGAUCUAUCGAAAACAUUUAGACAUGCAAAAUCGUUGGCCGAUUAUGGUAAACAUUUGCCAUGGCCUCGUGAAACUUUUGCUGUUCGACGUAGUGUUCCAUUGUUAAAAAAAAUCUUCGCCCGUUGGAGAGCGUGGAUGAUUUUAAGGCAUAUUCCAAAAGAAGAAUGGCCCCAGCUCAGAUUAAAGAUGACAGCUGGAGCAGCUUUGUGUAAAAAACGUUCUUACUGGGGACAGGAACGUAAUUGGGAAGGAAAUUAUCUUUCUUAUUUGCGCGAGAAUCCUCACAGUGAUAUUUUCAAUGCAUCCGUUAAUAAUUUAAAGAAUACAGAUCACUUCAAAUCCGUUCUUUUCAGCGCUUUCGUUAAAAAGACAAACAAGCAUAAUAAACAAGCGGAUCGAGUACUUUUAGUGACGGAGCAUUCUGUCUAUAAAUUAGAUGGGAUUAAAUUUAAAAAUAUGAAAAAACGAAUGCCAAUUUCUGAAAUCACUGGCCUUAGUGUUUCGCCGGGAAAAGAUCAACUUAUUACGAUUCAUUCAAAUCAUGGAAAUGAUUUAAUUGUCUCGUUAUUAUCGAAAGAAGAUCGAAUUGGUGAACUCGUGGGAAUUUUGUGCAACGCAUAUUUUCAAUUACGACGAAGCGAUCUUUUAGUGACAGUUGCAACAAGAUUCAAAUGCAUGUUGGGCAACAGAAGUAAAGUAUUAAGCAUUGAAGUAUUGCCCAAUAUUGUUGAGCCAAUAUUUUCGAAAAAUGGCGACAAUAUUCUUUAUGCAGUUCCACCAUCAAUUGGAAUAAUUGACGAUAAAAUGAGAAUCAAAACGGUAAGCUAGUCUUAAAAAGGCGAGAGAAAAUAAAAAAGUAUUUCUAUUUUAUUACGCAUUAAAUAAAUCUUUAUAUAUAUAUAUUUAUAUACACAUUUUCUCUAAAUCGAAUUCUUUUUGACUCACAUUUGUGAGUUUGUACUGAACUUAAAAAAAAAGUACAAUUUACAGUGACUAGAAUUUUGAUUUUAAUGAGAGAAUUAAAAGAAAUUUGAAUAAAAAAAAAAAACGAUGGUGCGCGCGCAAAAUUUUUUUUUUAUUAUUAAGUUUGUUUUUUUUUUGUAAAUAAUAUCGCCUAAUAUAAAAAAAAAUGUAAUGCAUAAUUGAUUUACAGCGCAGAGAAUUAUACAAUUUUUUUUUUUUAAUUAAGUAUUUUUAUUGACUCGAGAAUAAAAAUGAUUUCAGUCAUUAUUCUUAAGGUGCUUACAAUUAUUUGUUUAUAUAAAUUUUUAUUAUUAUUCACACUAUUAUUUUUGUAGGAAAAAAUGACUAAUAUCAUUUUUAUAUUCGAAAAAGUAAAUUAUUCUAUUUUCUAUUAAAAAAAAAGAAUGUCAAACUGGUACUUAAGAAAUUCCAUUUAUAUAGACGAAUUUUUUUUUUUAUACAAGUUUUUGUAACAGACAAUUUUCAUGAAAUACCUAGUUGGAAUUUUAUAUUUUACUGCAUUGUUAAAAAAUACAUUAUUUUUUUUUUUUCAAUUAAAUAUUGUACUUACGAUUUUAAGAUUACAAAAAAAAAAAAAAAUAUUGAAAUGUAUUCUAUAUAUUAUCCUAAAAUGGCUUAUUUUUGUGAACGCAUUUAAUUAUUAUUUUUAAUAAUGUGCCUAUAUAAUUGUGAAAUAUAAUUGAGAAUAAAUUGUAACAAA